CUUCCCCAGAUAAUCAGCAACCUAGUCCUGACUUCCCCAAAAGUUCCCAAAAAUUCAGGACGUGACGCCGUUGAGGCUUCAAAGCGAGACUUUCUCGCCUUUUCCCCUCAUCUUUUCAGUGAUCUCUCACUGAAUCAUCGAUAAUGGGCGACUCGGUUGCUGUUCAGUCCGCGGUUCGCCUCGCGACGCCGCCGCCUCCAGAAUCGUAUGCGGCAGCAACGAAUUCUGCCGCGAAACGGAAGCGGUCCCCUUCAUCCCGAUCACCAUCUCCGAGACGUCGAAGGUCGCCUCCGCGUGGUCCAUCUCGAUCAGGCGCAGCUCUUCCAGAUGUGGAUCCACGUCGCGCGAUGGAGCGCGAGCGCCAACUUGCGGAGAGGUUGGUACAACGCGAGAAGGAAGAUGCGGCGCCCCGGCCAUUGACCGAGGAAGAAAAGCAGGCCGCUGCCAAAGCCGAAUACGAUAAGCUGGUCAACAUGCGUUCUGGAGGGACAUACAUCCCACCCGCACGGUUACGGGCUCUUCAAGCGCAGGUUACAGACAAGAAUAGCAAAGAGUACCAGCGAAUGUCGUGGGAGGCCCUCAAAAAAUCUAUCAAUGGUCUUAUCAACAAGGUUAACGUCUCGAACAUCAAGUACAUUGUUCCUGAGCUCUUUGGCGAGAACCUGGUUCGAGGCAGAGGACUGUUCUGCAGGAGCAUCAUGAAGGCCCAAGCAGCCAGUUUACCAUUCACGCCCAUCUAUGCCGCCAUGGCCGCCAUUGUCAAUACAAAGUUGCCGCAGGUCGGAGAACUUUUACUCAAACGUCUCAUUGUGCAAUUCAGAAAAGCAUUCAAGAGAAACGACAAGGCCGUUUGUUUGUCGUCGACGACAUUCAUUGCCCAUCUUGUGAACCAGCAGGUGGCGCACGAGAUGCUUGCCGCGCAGAUUCUACUUCUAUUACUCCACAAGCCGACAGAUGACAGCGUUGAAAUUGCCGUCGGUCUGACGAGAGAAGUUGGACAACAUCUCGAAGAAAUGAGCGGUCCAAUCGCGCUGGCCGUUUUCGACCAAUUUCGAAGCAUUUUGCACGAAGCCGACAUUGACAAACGAGUGCAGUACAUGAUUGAAGUGUUGUUCCAGGUUCGAAAAGACCGAUACAAGGACAAUCCGGCCGUCAGAGAAGAUCUUGAUCUUGUGGAGGAGGAAGACCAGAUUACACACCGAACUGGACUUGAGGAUGAAAUCGAAGUUCAGGACGGUCUGAACGUAUUCAAGUACGACCCGGAAUGGCAAGAACACGAGGAAGCAUACAAGAGUCUCAAGGCAGAAAUUCUCGGCGAGGCCUCGGGAAGCGAAGAUGAAUACACGACAGACGACGAAUCCGAGGAGGAGGAAAACCAAGAAGAAAAGGCAAUGGAGAUUAAGGACCAGAGCAACACUGAUCUUGUGAAUCUUCGACGAACCAUUUACUUGACAAUCAUGUCAAGUAUCGACUUUGAAGAAUGCUGUCACAAGCUUAUGAAAGUCAAUCUUCCUCCUGGCCAAGAGUCUGAGCUUCCAUCCAUGGUCAUUGAAUGUUGCUCUCAAGAGCGAACGUAUUCCAAAUUCUACGGUCUCAUCGGCGAGCGAUUUGCCAAGCUCAAUCGGCUUUGGACCGACCUCUUCGAGGCCUCCUUUGCCCAGUACUACGAAACCAUCCACCGAUAUGAGACAAACCGUCUGCGCAACAUUGCCCGAUUCUUUGGCCAUCUUCUCGGCUCUGACGCCAUCGGAUGGCAUGUUCUCUCCGUCAUUCACCUGAAUGAAGAUGACACCACCUCUUCCAGCCGUAUCUUCAUCAAGAUUCUCUUCCAGGACCUUGCCGAAAACAUGGGCAUGGCGAAGCUGGUCGCCGUCCUGAGAGACGAGCUCCUGCGGCCCAGUUUCGCCGGCCUUUUCCCCACCGACAACCCGCGCAACACUCGCUUCUCCAUCAACUACUUUACCGCCGUCGGCUUGGGUGCUGUCACAGAGGACAUGAGAGAAUAUCUCAAGAACCUUCCCAAACCGGCUCCUCCGCCUGCCCUCCCUCCUGCAGACUCCGGGUCAGAAUCCGACAGUGGCCGCUCGGUUUCCAGCUACUCCUCGUACACCGGCUCCUCACGAUCCUACACCAUGUCGCGAUCACCAUCUCCACGACGCGGACGAGAUCGAGGUCGAGGUCGAUCUCGCUCCCGAAGCUACAGCUACUCCUCUUCUUCUUCCGUCUCGAGAUCGCGCACUCCACCUCCUCGCCGCACUCGACGAGGCAGAAGCAAAUCCUAUUCGUCAAGCCUCUCUCGUUCCCCUCUUCCACCUCCAUCAGACCGACGACAACGUCGCCGGGGCAAUUCCUAUUCGUACCGCAGCGCAUCCCGUUCGCGCAGCCUCAGUCGCACUCCAAGCAUCAGUCGUUCACCCUCCCCUUCACGAGUUCCCGCCCGAACCCAGGGCCGGGGCCGAGGCCGCUCCUACUCGGCCAGCAGCUACGACUCCCGCAGUCCCAGUCCUGCUCCUAGACGCGGCGAUCGCGGUGAUCGGCGCUCUCCCACCCCUCCCCGAGGCCGUGCAAGAUCCGCGUCAUCAUAUUCUUCGAGAUCUUCAAGACCUCGCUCCCUCUCUGCAUCCGUUUCUCCGCCUCCGCCUCGACGAAACGGUACCGCUCCUACUGCCCGACCAUCUCAAGCUCGUGAUCGUCGCAGGAGUUACUCUCGCUCUGCCACGCCCCCUUCUCGCCCCCGCCGCGGCCGCGCCCCGUCGUAUACCCCGUCGCGAUCGCCGACUCCGCCACCGCGAAGACCAAGAAGGAGUCCUAGUUAUGAUAGGCGGUAACUGCAUGCUCUAGCUGUAUCUGUAUCUGUAGCUGGAGCUGGUGCGAUAAUAGGAGCGGUGAUAGGACCGCAUUGUUUUUGAUUUAGGGUUUAUUUGAGAGUACUGCAGGAAGAUAGCAAUUUGUCAAAUAUUAGUAGGGCAAAUGGGGUUCGAACCCACAGGCCCUUCGCUAGGAAACAUAUUAUGAGGGCCUUUUUUAUUACAGAUUGUCGCAACUUCAGACGAAGUAGUAUAUUUUUUCUUUUUUUCCCGUCUCAUAAGUCUUUGCAAUUUCAAACGGAGUAGGAUAUUGUAAAAUAAAUCCAUCUCUCUUAUGCCA